AUGUCUGAAUUGAAGUCUAGGAUCGGUAACAGUGGGUCUAUCGCCAACUCUGGACCUGUGUCCAUUCUGUGUUACUGUGCGUCUUCUAUUCUUAUGACUGUUACAAACAAGUUUGUGGUGAACACUGAUGGUUUCAACAUGUUUUUUGUUAUGUUGUUCGCACAAUCUCUUGUGUGUACUAUGUGUUUGAUGGUUCUAAAGAUGUUUGGUUACGCCAAGUACCGUCCUUUGAACUUAAUCGAUGUUAAAAACUGGUUGCCAAUCUCCUUUUUGCUGGUGUUUAUGAUCUUCACCUCCGCAAAGGCCUUGAAGUACAUGCCAGUUCCUAUCUACACUAUUUUCAAGAACUUGACCAUCAUCCUAAUUGCUUAUGGUGAGGUUCUUUUCUUCGGUGGCUCUGUUACCCCAAUGGAAUUGAGCUCUUUCAUUCUAAUGGUCUUGUCCUCUGUGGUCGCUUCCUUAGGUGACCAACAAGCUGCAAAGAUAGCACAACCAUUGGCUAACAACUCUAUUCUAUCCCCAGAAUACUACUGGAUGUUCUUGAACUGUAUCUGUUCUGCAUCUUUCGUUUUGAUCAUGAGAAAGAGAAUCAAGUUGACAAACUUCAAGGAUUACGACACCAUGUUCUACAAUAACGCUUUGGCUCUACCAAUCCUUUUGGGUUUCUCCUUCCUAAGUGAAGACUGGUCCUCAGAGAACUUGGCCCAAAACUUCAGCGGUGAGUCAUUGUCGGCAAUGAUCAUUUCCGGUAUGACCUCCGUCGGUAUCUCCUACUGUUCCGGUUGGUGUGUUCGUGCAACUUCUUCUACCACUUACUCUAUGGUUGGUGCUUUGAACAAGUUGCCAAUCGCACUUGCUGGUUUGAUCUUCUUCGACGCUCCAAGAAACUUCCUAUCCAUCAUGUCCAUCUUCAUUGGUUUUGCUUCUGGUCUAUCAUACGCCGUCGCUAAACAAAAGAAGGUCCAAAAGAACUGA